AUGGGGUACUAAGAGAGUUCAUGCAAAUCUUGUAUAUCAAGAAUAUAUCUCUGAUAGGCAUCAUAUACACAUGAACGGUACAAUUUGGGAUACCUUAACUGACUUUGUAAAAUAUUUGGGUAAAGAAGGCACUUGUGCCGUUGAUGAAACACCAAAAGGUUGGUUUGUUAGUUGGAUUGAUAACAGUCCUAAGGCUUUGGCUAGACAGGAGGCAAUUCAGAAAAAAGAGCGGGCAGAAAAGGGUGAGGAAGAAAGGGCCCGCAAAUUAAUAGAAGAGCAAAUAGAGAGGGCUCAGAAGGAGGCUGAAGAUUUGGGUAUAAAACUCAACAUUUCUUUAGUAAAAUCAGAAUCUUCCAUUUCGUCUUCUACCGUUAAAACCGAUUCAUCUACCACAUCAGCUCCUUCUACUAAUGGUUCCACUCACACUAGCAUCUCAUUUAAUAAACCUACUUCCCAAAAAAUGUCCCUUAGUGCUUUAGCAAAAAAAUCCGGUUCUUUGAAUAUGGAGAGAAAGAAAAGGAAGGAAAGCCUGAAUGAAAAUGGUAACAAAAGAAAAGAUAAUCAGAGCAGAGAAAAGGAAAGAAAUUAUAAAGAUAGAGAAUAUAAUGAAAGGAGAGGAGAGAAGGAAAGUCUGAAUGAAAAUGGAAACAAAAGAAAAGAUGAUCAGAACAGAGAAAGAGAAAGGAAUCAUAAAGAUAGAGAAUAUAAUGAAAGGAGAGGAGAAAAGGAAAGUCUGAAUGAACAUGGGAACAGAAGAAAGGAUGAUCAUAGCAGAGAAAGGGAAAGGAAUCAUAGAGAAUAUAAUGAAAGGAGAGGAGAUAGGGAUAGAUCAUAUGAUCGAGAGUCAAAAAGAGCACGCAGAUAUUAG